AAAUGCCUAGCAACACUUCAUCAAUAUAUUCCUAUGAUAAAAAAUCUAAUACAAAGGUUGUUGUAGAAAUCCAAGAAAAGAAGCAACAAUCUCUUCUUACCACAAUCUUUUACUCAUUGGAUGAUUUUGUCUCCAACUUCUUAGACUCACCCCUCCCACCAUCAAUCGAUCCCCACCACCUCCUCUCCGGCAACUUCGCGCCGGUAGAGGAGCUUCCCCCCACCGCCUGCGUGGUGGUGGAGGGCUCCCUCCCCGCCUCCCUCAACGGCGCCUACAUCCGCAACGGCCCAAACCCUCACUUCUUCCCGCGCGGCCCUUACCACCCCUUCGACGGCGACGGCAUGCUCCACUCCAUCACAAUAUCCGGCGGCCGAGCCACCUUCUGCAGCCGAUACGUCAAAACCUACAAAUUCAAAACCGAGGCCGAAAACGGCCGCGCCUUCUUUCCCAGCCCCUUCUCCUCCUGCCACGGCGGCCUCGCCACCGCCGCGAGUUUCCUCCUAGCCGUAGCGCGCGGCGCUUUCGGCCAAUUCGAUCCCUCCGCUAACGGAUUCGGAACCGCCAACACGAGCUUGGCGUGUUUCAACGGAAAUUUAUACGCUCUAUGCGAGUCAGAUCUACCCUACCAAAUUCAUCUAGCUGAGGACGGUGACAUCAUCACAUUAGGCCGCUGCGAUUUCGGCGGCGGCCGCGGUAUGACGAAGAGGAUGACCGCGCAUCCGCAUUCCGAUCAGGACUCCGGCGAAGUCUUCGCGUUCAAAUGCAACGUUUUCGCGCCGUUUCUUACGUUUUUCAAAAUUGAUUCGGAAGGGAAAAGAGGAUCGGAUCUGACGAUCUCGUCGAUGAAGAGGAUGGCGUGCGUACAUGAUUUCGGACUCACGAAGAGAUUCAUCGUGUUUCAGGAUGUGCAGAUCGAGAUGGAUCCGGCGGAGAUGGUGAGGGGGCGGACGCCGCUGGUGUGCCACCGCGACAAGGUGCCGCGCGUCGGGAUUUUACCGCGGGAGGCGGCGGACGACGGCGGUGUGGUGUGGAUCGAGACGCCGGGGUUGAAUCUGUUCCAUAUUACUGUUAGAAAGGCCUAG